AUGGGAAAUUUUGUACCCUCCGCCCGUUUUCAUAGCAUAUCAUUUGAAAGCAGCAUGAAUCUUUCACUUACUUGUCUCCUGUUACUGUGCCUUUCUGUGCAACACCUUCCAUGCUUUACUGCAAUGCGCAUGCUCGGAGGGUUCACUAAUCCAUGCGCACCAAGCGAGGAACAACAGUUAAUUUACCUGCCCAUACUUCAAGCCAAGCUGGCAGCAGAUGGAAGCACGCAACUAAAUCCUUCUGAGCUAAUAAGCGUCUCUACACAAGUCGUCGCCGGAACAAAUUAUAAGUUUGUGGUCAAAUUCAAUGAAGACACUUGCACGGAACUCAAAUUCUAUCAAGCCCUUGGCGAACCGCUGCAUACGAUGCGUUCAACCGGCAGCAAGACAGUACCAUGCAUUCAACCUCUCUCGCAAUGUAGGCCAAUUUGACGAUUUUGACCUAAACGAUCUUUUACUUUCCUUUCCUUAAUUUCUCACGUCCGUAUCGCCUAUCCUUCGCACAUUUUAAAUGCAAGUUCAAUCGGUUU